GUGGCGAGGAGGGAAGACUGAGUGAACACAAAGCCGAAAGUACAAGCAGCACGGAAAGUGAAACUGGGCGCAGCCCCCAGUAUAAGAUUCCCCCUGCCCGGGAGAUGGCUGGCCAAAGAGGCUGGGCCCCGCCAUGGGCCAGAUGGCAGACGACCUUGGCUGGCGGCUCAGCCUUUUGCUGCUUUCCAUGCUCCUGGCUCGAGCUGGUGUCUGGGGAUUCCCGAGGCCCCCAGGGAGGCCCCCCCUGAGCCUGCAGGAGUUGCAGAGGGAGUUCAAGGUCAGCCUGCAUCUCGCCAGGAAGCUGCUGUCUGAGGCUGAAUCACACCUGCCAGGCGUGAACCUGGACCUGCUGCCCCUAGGAGAGCAGCUCCCCAACGUUUCCCUGAACUUCCAGGCUUGGCGUGGCCUCUCUGACCCAGAACGACUCUGCUUCCUCUCCAUGACACUUCGCCCCUUCCAUACCCUGUUGGGGGGGCUGGGGAGCCAGGGGUUCUGGACCAGUUCAGAGAGGAUGCAGCUGUGGGCCAUAAGGCUGGAUCUCCGAGAUUUGCAACAGCAUCUCCGCUUCCAGGUGCUGGCUGCUGGAUUCAACCUACCUGGUCAGGAGGAGGAGGAGAACGAGGCAGGGAAGGAGAUGCUCCCAGGGGCUCCGGGCGGUCCCUCGAAGCCGGCAGCGCAGGUGUCCUGGCCGAGGCUCCUCUACACUUACCAGUUGCUACGCUCCUUGGAACUUGUCUUGUCUCGGGCCAUGAGGGACUUUCUGCUGCUCUCCCGGGCCGGGAACCCAGCCCCGGCCUUGGGGUUCCCAACACCCAGCUCCCCACCCUGAUGGAAUGACGUCUCAGCACCUUCCCUCCACCCACUCGAGGACUGGAGUCUGGGCCACCAGGACCCCUUCCAGCUCAUCUGCCAUAGACAAGGCAGGACUCCCUGGAUCUCCCGCCCCAGACGCCACUCAAUAACGUAAGGCCCCUCCAGUCCUUGCCUGAUAUUUAUUUCUUGGAUAUUUAUUUAUUGUUCAGGGAAAUGAUGGUUUAUUUAUUGUUUGGGGGCCUGCUAGUCAUCCUCAGACUAGGCAGCCAUGCUGGGUGCAUUAAUAAAGCACUCUCACCCUC